UACGUCAUCUCCCAGAGCCGGUCCAGGGUUUUCUUUGCGACAGCACAGCGGUCCCAUCAGGGAGCGUCAUGGACGACGAAGAAGAGACUUAUCGAUUAUGGAAAAUCCGGAAAACAAUUAUGCAGCUGUGUCAUGAUCGAGGCUACUUGGUAACACAGGAUGAAUUGGAUCAGACUCUGGAAGAGUUCAAAGCCCAGUUUGGUGAUAAGCCAAGUGAAGGGCGUCCUCGGCGUACUGAUCUCACAGUGUUGGUGGCCCACAAUGAUGAUCCUACUGAUCAGAUGUUUGUCUUUUUCCCAGAGGAACCAAAAGUUGGGAUUAAGACCAUCAAGAUGUACUGCCAGCGAAUGCAAGAGGAAAAUAUUACCCGGGCCCUGAUUGUGGUGCAACAAGGCAUGACUCCAUCUGCCAAACAGUCUCUAGUAGACAUGGCUCCCAAGUACAUCCUUGAACAAUUCCUUCAACAGGAACUGCUAAUCAACAUCACUGAGCAUGAGCUGGUUCCAGAACAUGUUGUGAUGACCAAAGAAGAGGUGACAGAAUUACUGGCCAGAUAUAAACUAAGGGAGAAUCAGCUUCCAAGAAUACAAGCUGGAGAUCCUGUGGCUCGCUAUUUUGGAAUUAAAAGAGGCCAGGUGGUGAAGAUCAUUCGGCCCAGUGAAACAGCCGGGCGUUACAUCACUUACAGGCUGGUGCAGUAGCCAAGAAGUGUCAUGUAAGCAUGGCUGAAGCUCUUCUUACCUUACCCUGGAGACUGCCGAUCUGCUUGCUUAACAGUCUUGAGCAUAAGGAAAUACAAACUGAAGGGAUGUGUCUACUUGAGAUUUUCAACUUCGAGCUUCUGGUCCUUUCCAUCAAAUUGGACGUGAAGAGGAAAGGAGUCAUCAGCAGCACAGUAAAUGCUGCGUUGGUGUUCCAAACUGGACUUCAUCUUGCUUGUAUAAGCUGGAUGUAUUUGUUUUAUACCACAUUUUUGGAAUUUGGGUUAGUUUGGGGUAAAUAUUUAAGGCAGCAACCGUUUAUUUUCCAAAUCUGGAUGAAGGAUACUUCAGAAAGCUUCAAAUGGGAGGGCUUCCUUGUUCCUUCUGUAGAUAUCAGGCUGAGGAGGGAUAGGAAAUUUUUUUUCGGUUUGAGGGACAGAGGGGCUCCAUUGGAUGUGGGUUUUGGUAGCCUUUUUGUAGGGGGAAGAGUGGAGGUUCUAAGGAUGAAAAAGGGGAAAAUAGGCAGCUAAUCUCCUGGGAAUGCAAAUAAAGAUGCUGGGAAUCAUCUCUAA